UCACCCAGGCACCUGGGAGGCUCCUAUUACCCGGAAGUCACCUGGGUAGACUCUGCAGGACUGUUAUUGAAGACGGACGCCGUCGUCAACAGGUCGACAUGCUUGUCAGCGGGUUGUUUUCAGUGGCUUUGUUCGUGUGCGUAGCAACAGGUGUGAGUGGCUUUUCAGUUACUACCUCCAAUGCAAAUGUGCAGGUGAAAGAGAAUGAAGGGGUUGACCUUACAUGCGCUUAUUCAGCGGACUUUGGUUCAAAUGCCAGAGUUGAGUGGAAAUUUAAGGACCUAAAAGGCUCUCAGACAUAUGUGAUUUACAAUGGGAAACUCACAGCACCAUAUUCCAGCCGAGUGACGGUGUACGGUAACAACAAUCUGAGAUUUUCCAAAGUGACCCGUAAGGAUACUGGAGUGUACGACUGUGAGGUGUCUGGCAACGGCCAGUUUGGGGAAGUCAGAGUGAAGCUCACUGUUCUCGUGCCUCCAUCUCCACCCGUGUGUAGGAUCCCCAGCUCAGUGACGACGGGCAAGACAGCCUUCCUGUCCUGCCAUGACGGUGAUGCCUCACCUCCUCCCCAAUACAUGUGGUUCAAAGAUGGCACCCUUCUGCCCGCUGAGCCCAAAAAGGUUUCUGGCUUCAAAAACGCCACCUACAAGCUGAACACAGAGACUGGCAACCUGGAGUUUCCUGCUUCAACCAAGAUGGACACAGGGGAGUACUACUGUGAGGCUGUCAACAUUGCCGGUCCUCCUCAGCGCUGUAGAGCUGUGAAAAUGGAAGUCCGCGACUUAAACACCGGAGGGAUUGUUGCUGGUGUAAUAGUUGCUCUCCUGCUAGUGGUCCUACUGGUACUUGGAAUUUGGUACGCCCACAAGAAAGGAUACCUGCCCAAGAAGAGUGAAAGCAAACAAAAGUCCAAUGUGGUCUACCAGCCCCCAUCAUCAUCGUAUGCCGGUGACGAUGAAGAUGGAGACUUCAAACAGAAGUCAUCGUUCGUGGUAUAACCUGCAAGCAACAGACACAACUGGAGAAAACCUCGGUUCUAAAUGUUUCUCACCAUGUCUUUUUUCUGUUUUUAGUGAUGUUCUGACACUUACUUUCUUUUUGCAGUUUUCUUAGCAGUAUGUAACACUGCAGUAUGAGUGUUAUGAGUUGACAUGUAUUUUAGAGGCAGAUGCAUCAACUUGUGGGGGUUUAAGGAUUAAGGUUAUAGGAAAUAAUUUACUACAGACAGGUAAUAUGUUUUUUUUUGUACAUGAAUUGUGGUUUUAAUAAGAUGAGCUGUGGCUACUAGUGACUGAUUUGAGCCACAGAAUUUUUUUAACCUACAUUUGGAGUGUGUGUUUCUGAGUUUCUGAUUUUCUGAGCCUCCUGAUUAUAGGACCAACUCAUUUUUAAUUUUAAUUUUUACAAUCACAUUUAAACACCUCAGAUCAACUCAUUCUAACUGAAUACAAAUUUCAGUCUCUUUUUAGUUGUUUUCUUUACAAAGGAGAUGGACACAACUGAUGGACACAUUUUCUCUGCAACUGCAGUGUCUUGACUUCUUUUAUUACAUUUACUGACCCGUCACCUUAAUUUUCUCCAGAGCAUCACUCUUAUCUGUCAGUCUGUGCUGAAUCAUUGGUGCAGCUAAAAUAUUGCUUCACUGUAUGAUAAGUGUUUUUUUUCUCUUUUUUUUUAACAACCAUAAAACUGUCUCAAUGUACAAUAUUUUUUUCUAUGAAAUUUUAUAGAGUUUCUCAUUUCUGUAAAUAUAAGCUUUUAUGUUUGUAAUUAAGAACCAUUUAAUGAUCAGCUGUUCUCACGGAGCUUCCUGACAUUAACUAGAAACUUUAAGGUACAUCUAUGGCUGUCAUGGAGACAACCAUUUUAGGUGCACCUUCUCUUUAACAUUUCCUUUCUGAUUGAACUAAUAUUACAUUUGUGUGUUGUUUGUCUGAGACCCUAGUUUGUAGUCCUCUGAACUACAUCGGCUAAGUUAAUGCAUUGGUAAGAGUGUAGGAUUACAGUACAGAAAAUUUCAGGCAUACUAUGAUUCAUUUCCUGUAGAAAUGUAAUUUCCUGUGAGCUGAGAUGCAGGAGAUACAGUAAUGUGAUGAAUUGGAAUUAAGAGUUUGAUUAAAUGACGACGUGUUACUUAAAAACUAACAAAAAAAGUUAGUUUUUCAAUGAUAAACAUGUUUGUAUGGCAUCAUGUGUAGCCUUGUCAUAAUGAUUAAUUACCCAAACAGUUAUCCUUGACAUCCACAAAUACUCAUCAUGUGUUUAAACACUAGGUUUUUCUACAUUCCUGUAUGUACGAACCCUGCCUUUAUAGAGAGUUAAGAGCUGAUGAAUUUUGAUAACUGUAACUUCUCUUGAUAUAUUGGUUAAUAAAAUUGUGUUGUUAAA